AUGUCCAAAACAGGAUCAAUAGCUAGUGCUGGUGCACCAAUUGAGCCUCCAUCAUUAGAUAUUAGUGGUGGCGGUGAUGAUGAUGAUGAGCUAGGCGGAGGAGUAGAUGACGAAGAAGUGGAAAGUUUUGGUGCAGAGCAAUCUGAUAGUAUCGCAAAAAAAACCUCAAUAAAAAAUUCAUCAACUAAAAAUCAUAGUCUAGAAAAAAAUAUAAAAUUUUUGAAUGAUUCUUCAGUACAAAUCCCACCAAGGUGGCGUACACAAUUAUUUGCAAUGAAAUGUUUACAUCAAGUAGUAGAAGUAAUUUAUGCUAGUGGUGAUAAAAGCCAUUUCGAUUUAAUAUCAGCAAAGAAAGUUAAAAAUAAUGGCAAUAAUGACUUUUUAGUAUUGAAAGUAGCUGAACUUAUAAAAAUGGCCUUCAUAGCUUCUACCGCUGUUGUGAGUGAAAUGAGAUUAGAAGGCUUAAGAUUACUUAGAGAUUUAAUUGAGAAAUUUGCUGCAACACAAGAUCCCGAGUUUGAGGAAGCAGCAUUAUUAGAACAAUACCAGGCACAAAUUGGAGCUGCAUUGACCCCAGCUUUUACAGCAGAGUCAUCACCAGAAAUUUUAUCUGCCGCAGUAAAAGUUUGUGCAGUGUUUGUAGGUAGUGGUAUUGUCAAGGAAUUGUAUAGAAUGGGUCGUAUACUGAAAUUACUGACUACUGCUUUAGAAAAUUGUAAAGAUAAUUCUGGUGUUACAACUGUUGGGGAUAUUGGAGAUUUAAGCCCUCACGCAGCAAUAAUGGUAAAGUUAUCGGUUUUAAACGCAUGGGCAGAAUUACAAGUUUCAAGUGUUAAACAAUCUUAUCUUGUACAAGUUGUUGAGCCAAACCUUUCAUUAUUAAGUCAAUUGUGGGUUACAUCUUUAAAAGAAUAUGCUAGAGUGCAAAUUGAACCAGAUAUUGCAGAGGCGCAAGCUAAUAGUAUAGGAUCAGAUUUGUUACAAAACACCACACAAACAGAGGUUUUUGAUUCAAUGUACAGUGGUUUAACAAGAGAAGUCAUUUUGCCAUAUUAUAAUAGAUCAUGGUUGACAAUCUUAGGAGCAGUUGCAAGCUUGGCAUUGUCGCAGACUUUUGGAGGAGGAAGUACUAUCAACAGUGACAACGAUAAUGAUUUAAACAAAAAUGAAGAUAAAAAGGUUGUUAAAACAUGUAUAAAUGCAUUGAAAGCAUUUUUGAGACCUAUAUCAGCAGGAACUAAAUUUUUAGAUAAACAAAAUUUUGUUGAAUUAAUGAAUUUAUUUGAUAGAUUAGUACUCACAGAAGGAUUUCAAACACAAUUUGACAUAAUUCAAAUCAUUAAAAAUAUUGUUAAAGACUACGGUGCAACGUAUAUUUGUAGUGAAUUAUCUGAAAAAAGUUCCCCAAAAUUAAAUGGUCAUACUGAAGAAGAUAUAGAUGAUGAUAAAUUGUCUGCAGAUGAUGUUGAAGAUAAAUCAAAAACAAUAUUAUACCAAAUAUUAAGAGUGCUUGUCAAUAUAUUUUUUCAAAAAAUAUCAUUACUUUCAUCCAGGCCUAUUACAAUGAGAACAUUUAGGCCUUUGCAAGGAAAUUCAAAAGGUCAAACAUUACAGCAAACCACAACAGUUUUAAAGGCUUCACUAGAAAUUUUUACAUUGCUUGUUCCAAUAGUUCCAAUAAAUUACAAGAUUGACUUGGUGGCAAUAGCAUUUUAUGUUUAUAUGUCCAUAAUACAAGAUUUGAAAUUUCAAAAUGAUCUUGUGCCAAAUGUAUUAGUUAAUUUAAAAAUGUCUUGUGCAAGUUUGGAAGAUCAAUUUACUGAAAAACAAGAUUUUGAAAAUUAUUCCAAGGUUUUACAAUCCACAAUAUCUUCUGCAAUAUCCAGAAUUUUAUUAAAUAGUGAAGCUACAUCGGAUGAAAAUGAAGUAUCUAUAAUAAAAAAUUGUUUGUUGGCGAUAGUUUUAAUUUUCACAUCUUGCCCAAAUGCUUGUUUGAAUAACAAUGAAAUACAAUAUAAAUUUUUGGAAAUAUUGAAAAAUAAAUAUAAAUCCGAAAAUACUAUAGUAAGUUCAUAA